AGGAUUAUGCAGGGGCGUACCAAUCGUCCCAAAUCCUAAUCCAAGUCUUCGGUACUACAAGGCAAACCCCGCGGAGACGAUGAGGCCCGGCCGGGUGAGGUAGAAGCGACAGAGCUUGCGGUGUUCGCCAUCGUUUCACACAUGGCCUCCACCUCUUACUGCGCCACUCCAUCGGCAUCACUCCGAUGCUCUGUCACCCUCUUCCUCCCCUUCGCCUCUCCUCCUUCUGUUGUCCGCUUCGAGGCUCCCCCGCUUCUCCCCCGGCGCCUUGCCAUAUCCCCACCAAGAACUCGAAUCCCUGCUUUAGCGUCGGCGCUGGAGUCCCUAGUGCAGGAGUCUGACGAUGAGGACGAGGAAGAGGAGGACGAUGAUGGGCCGUUCAAGGGCGAGGCUUGGGCGGCGGCCGAUGAGAGGGACGCGGUGCGGUCGCCGGAGCUGGAGGUACCCGAGCUGGAGGAGCUGCCCGAGCAGUGGCGCCGCUCCAGGAUUGCCUGGCUCUGCAAGGAGCUCCCCGCCUACAAGCAUUCCACCUUCACCCGCAUCCUCAACGCCCAGCGCAAGUGGCUCACCCAGGACGACGCCACCUACGUCGCUGUACAUUGCCUCCGCAUCCGCAACAACGAUGCCGCCUUCCGGGUGUUUAGCUGGAUGGAAAAGCAACAAUGGUACCGCUUCAACUUUGCGCUUGCCACCAGGGUGGCAGAUUUUCUUGGCAGAGAAGGCAAGGUUGAGAAAUGUCGGGAGAUGUUUGAGGCGAUGGUCAAGCAGGGACGUGUGCCUGCCGAGUCCACCUUCCACAUACUAACCGUUGCAUACCUCAGUAUGCCCAAGGGACGUUGCCUUGAACAUGCUUGCACUAUCUACAACCAGAUGAUACAGAUGGGCGGCUACAAGCCUCGCCUCAGCCUUCACAACUCCUUGUUCCGUGCACUUGUUAGUAAGACAGGAGGGGCAGCGAAGCACAACCUCAGACAGGCUGAGUUUGUUUACCACAAUCUGGUCACCACCAAUCUUGAGGUGCACAAGGAGGUCUAUGCUGGGCUCAUCUGGCUUCACAGCUAUCAAGAUGUCAUUGAUAGAGAUAGGAUCAUAGCUCUUAGGAAGGAGAUGAAGCAAGCUGGCUUUGAUGAGAGUCUUGAUGUGCUGGUGUCAGUGAUGAGGGCCUUCUCCAAGGAAGGGAGGGUUGAAGAAACAGAGGAAACAUGGCAUAAAGUUAUUCAGAGGGGUUCAGAGCGUCCCGCACAGGCCUAUGUCUGCCAAAUGGAGGCUUAUGCACGAGCUGGUGAGCCUAUGAAAUCCCUGGAUAUAUUCAAGGAAAUGAAGAGGCAAAGUAUAUCCCCAAAUGUCGCUACAUAUCAUAAGAUAAUUGAGAUAAUGGCAAAUGCUAAGGAGGUAGAUCUUGCAGAGCAACUUAUGAAUGAAUUUGCUGAGAGCGAUAUGAAGCAUCUGAUGCCGGCAUUUCUUGGCCUGAUGUACAUGUACCUGGACCUCGAUAUGCAUGAGAAAUUAGAAGUAACAUUCUCAAAAUGCCUUGCUAGGUGCCGCCCAAAUAGAAUCAUGUACACCAUUUAUCUGGAAUCAGUGGUAAGGGUUGGGAAUGUCGAGAAGGCUGAGGAGGUCUUUGGUGAAAUGCACAAAAAUGGGACGAUAGGUACCAAUGUGAAGUCUUGCAACAUCAUGCUAAGAGGUUAUAUUUAUGCAGAAGACUAUCAGAAAGCUGAAAAGGUUUAUGAUAUGAUGUGUAAAAAGAAGUACGAUAUACAGGAUGAUUUGUUGGAAAAACUUCAAACUGGUCGCCGUCUUGGCAAGAAAGUCGUUGUUAAGCCAAAACCUGUCAGCAUGAAGUUGGAUCUAGAGCAGCGUGAGAUUUUGAUUGGUUUGCUUCUGGGAGGCACACAAAUUGAAUCUCAUGCACAGAGAGGCGUCCAUAUCGUCCAUUUUUUGUUCCAGGAAGAUUCCGAUGCCCAUUCAGUUUUAAGGGUGCACAUUCAUGAACGUUUCUUUGAAUGGUUGACUUCAGCGAGCAGAUCAUUCGAUGAUGAGAGCAAGAUACCUUAUCAGUUUUCAACCAUACCUCAUUUACAUUUCGGUUUCUUUGCAGAUCAGUUCUUUCUGAAAGGCCAGCCUGUUCUCCCAAAGCUUGUGCAUAGGUGGUUGUCUGCACGUGUUCUAGCUUAUUGGUUCAUGUUUGGAGGCUUCAAACUCCCAUCAGGUGAUAUUGUUCUUAAGCUUAGUGGUGGAACAAGUGAGGGUGUUGAAAGAAUUGUCAACUCCUUGCAUGCACAGUCCUUGCCAAGUAAAGUGAAGAGGAAGGGGAAAUUUUUCUGGAUAGGCUUUCAAGGGACCAAUUCUGAUUCUUUCUGGAAAGUAAUAGAACCUUAUGUAUUGGAUGGUUUCUUGGGUUUUGCAACACAGGAAAGUGGCAGCACUGGUUCAGUUUAUGACCAAGACACUGAUACUGAUGGUGAUGAUGGUGAUACUCAGAGGCAAGAAAGUGAAGAGUGAAUAGUCUGGAGUAGUGAGACGUCCGGUGAAUUUGGGGUACUGCUGUAUUUUGCUUGUUUGGUGAAUAGAACUUGAAAAGUCACCAAGUUGUGAUUUUGCUCGUGAGUUGAAGAAGGAACUGGGGCGCUGCCCUUUGCUUCUAGAAGUGAAGACUUGAGACAAUGUUCAGGAAUUUGUUUAUGACAUCUGAAAUAGUACAUCAAAAGGAACACAACUGCACAGGCCUACAGAUUGUAUCGGGGUACUGUAACGUAUACCUUUCCUUUCAUGCGCACUAUCCUCCUAAGUACUAACAUGUUUACAUGUACUGAUCUACGAUUCGACCAUUUGCAUUUGAUUUUGUUAAUGGCAAUACAUCAAACUUGUACACUGGAGACUAGACAGUACUAGGCAGAAAAAAAUUACAAGGACCCUACAGAUUCGCAAGAUUA